UACACACACACACACAUAAACUAAACACAUAUAGUUAGCCAUUCAGUGUUAUCGAAAUCUCACAUCCCUUAUUUAUUAAAUUAUAUGCAAGAAUAUAUACCGUAAUUAAAAUGUUACAAUCAUUCGAUGCUCUCGAACAAAAAAAGAAAUUCGAGGAGAAUCGGUGAAGCGUCUGAUACGCUUGCAUAGAAAACAUAAAAGAUAAAAUUCCAAAGCAAAAAUAGUAAGGUCCCGUAGUGCUUAGAAUAGACAUAAGGAAAAAAUCGAUACUCGAGGACGUGCACCAUAUUGCUAUGACACCAUAAUUUGUUGAUCAUUGUGAGUGAAGAACAUCGAGAAAAUGCCCGAAAACUUGGAGUUGCAUCAGUUUGUUGAUGGUUUUCGCCACAGUGAUGCUUUGUCCAAACGUUGGUUCGCACGCAUAAGGAAUAAAUUAAAUUGUCCCUACUUGGGCAUAAUUCUAGCCACAUUAUCGUCGUUAUUCUUUUCGUUAUGUUCUGUGAUAGUCAAGGGACUGGUUGACAUUAAUCCAAUGGAAUUGGCGUCCUUUAGAUUCAUUGGAGUCCUAUUACCAGCCAUUCCGAUACUAGUUUACACCAAACAACCUGUAUUCCCAGAAGGAAAGAGAGUCAUCCUUUUGCUGCGAUGCUUCAUGGGCACCACCGGACUCAUGUUAAGUUUCUACGCAUUCCGACACAUGCCUUUGGCGGAUGCUAGUGUAAUAAUAUUCUCCACGCCCGUGUUUGUGGCCAUAUUUGCCCGGGUGUUUCUCAAAGAGCAAUGUAGCCUAUUCAAUGUUAUCACGAUAAUACUAACAUUAAUCGGCGUGGUCCUGAUUACGCGGCCGCCAUUUGUGUUUGGUGACUCGGUGCCCUCUUUGGAGGCGGAACGGUAUGAGGGAAAACACUACGACAUUUGGGGUCCAGUAGCAGCCAUAUCAUCCACUCUAUUUGGUGCCAAUGUAUACAUCUUACUCAGAGCCCUGAAAGGUUUGCAUUUUUCUGUAAUUAUGACAAAUUUUGGAGCAUUUGCGCUCGUCUAUACAUUGAUUGUAUGCGGUUCGAUUGGGGCAAUUUGCUGGCCAGCUUGCGGUCGUGAUAGAUGGUUGGUAGUCGUUUUGGGCAUAUUUAGUUUUCUUGGACAAAUACUCCUAACGUUGUCCCUGCAACUAGAGCAAGCUGGACCUGUGGCAAUUGCCCGCUGCGCUGAUAUUGUAUUCGCCUUUAUAUGGCAAAUGAUGUUCUUUGGCGAAGCGCCCACUGGCUACUCACUUUUGGGUGCAUUCCUUGUAGUAAGUUCGGUCAUAUUGACAGCGCUCAAGAAAUGGGCGUUAUCGUUGCCACGCGAUAGCGAAGUAAGAAAACGACUGCGUUUUUUAUUUAUCGAUUAAGUAGAAUCUAAAUUAACCUACCAAAUUAAUACACAUUAACCAUUUCCAACUUAAAAGAGCGCAUCGUGCAUUGUGGUUUCUCUCAUCUCUUGUAGUUAUUAAUAGUAAAUGAAUAAAUAAAACAAAUAAACCAAUCAA